AUGGUCAAGAGCUUUGUUUAUAUCAAAUACAUAGAGAUUACCCACACAUCAGAUGUGGAGACCGUAUGCACUCUGGGUGUUGGCACGGCUUUCGGGGAAUCAGUGUUGGGCGACGGCAGUCACUCGCACUCGAUCAUCACUCAAGAGCCGUGUACUCUACUCCGUGUCAAACGGCUGGACUUCCAGGACCUCUGGAACCAUAAGUCACAUCUCAUGCAAGAGAUUGUGGCCAACUGUUACGAUAACAAAUCCGGUGCCACCAAACGGGUGUCCGACCCGUCCAUCUCAUCCCUUCACUUGGACUCCAUCGACGAGAAUAACCACAUUAACGACGAGUCGGUCGAUAAUUAUACCAAUUUGUCGCUUAUAAAUACCGAGAUUCCCGAGAAUAGAAUGGAGUGUUGGGCUACGGAUGGUAGCGAUGGUGAAGGCAUGCAAUCCAUGAAAUCAAAGUCAUCGGUGCGGCAAUUGCUGACAAUUAACCGCUUUGUGAGCACUGGGUCUCAGACUCACCGAUAG